AUGAGUGCCUGGAAAGGCCGGGAUGCUAAGUACACUCACGAUGGACUUCCCCAUGUGACUAAAAUUGCACGCAAACCUGAAGGAAAGGGGACAGAGUUGAAGUCGCUCGCAGAUGGAGAUAGUGGUGUGUUGCUGGGACUCGAACUAAUGGAAGGUACCGCUCGCCAACGUCGCAAAGAGUACUGUAGUGAAUUUGGGGAGGGUACCUCGGUUGUGUUGCGAUUGACGGAAAAAUACAAAGGCACAGGGAGAACUGUUGUGGCUGAUAGUGCUUUUGCCUCGGUGAAAACACUAGUGCAACUCGAAAAAAAGCUCGGUCUGUAUUUUAUGGGCAUUGUAAAAACGGCAAGCGUAGAAUAUCCAAAGUGCCACAUGAAAACUUGGAUUGACACGCAGCCGACCCGGGGUUCGUUCAAGAUCAUGUCAAGUUUUACGGACAACGGAAACCCAUUUAUACGUUGUGCUGGGCGGAUCGAAAGCCCAAGAUGCUGA